AUGGCAGACAGAUCGGAGUUGGUGAAGGUGCAGGCUAAAGGCGGCGCACAGCAGCACAAACCCAGAGAAGCGACCCUGUGUCUCCGAGUCCUUUUCCUAGACGACAGCGAGCGAGUUUUCGAGGUCGAGCAACAAAUUCUGGGCUGUGACUUUUUCAACAAGGUGUGUGGACACCUUAAGCUCCUGGAGAAAGAGUACUUUGGCCUGGAAUUCCGUCACCAUAAUGGCAACUAUGUGUGGCUUGAACUUCUAAAGCCACUGGGAAAACAAAUCAAAAACACCAGUGAGCUGGCAUUCCGCUUUAUCGUGAAGUUUUUUCCACCUGACCCAGGCCAGCUGCAAAAAGGCCUGACCAGGUAUCUAUUUGCCCUGCAAAUCAAGCAAGAUUUGUCCAAUGGAAGCCUUACAUGUAAUGACAACAGUGCUGCACUCUUGGUCUCUCAUAUAUUGCAAGCAGAAAUUGGGGAUUACAAUGAAGAGUUUGAUGCGCACCACUUAGAGCUUAAUCAAUAUGUGCCAAAUCAGGAGUACCUGGACCACAAGAUUAUUCGAUUUCAUAAGAAACACAGAGGUCACAGCCCAGCUCUGUCAGAUGUGCAUUUGCUGGAGGUUGCCAGGAAAUUAGAUAUGUAUGGCAUCCGACCCCAUCCUGCUCACGACGGAGAAGGCAUGAGGAUCAAUCUGGCUGUGACCCACAUGGGUGUACUAGUAUUUCAAGGUAACACAAAAAUCAACACCUUCAGCUGGGCCAAGAUCCGCAAGUUGAGUUUCAAGAGGAGGAAUUUUCUCAUCAAACUACAUACAGAGGCUGGGCCUUCACGGAGGGACAUGGUUGAAUUCACCAUGGCAAGCAGAGAUAUUUGUAAAACUUUCUGGAAGAUGUGUGUGGAGUAUCAUGCCUUCUUUCGUCUAGCUGAGGAACCCAAGCCAGCUCAAAAGACACUAUUUUGCAGGAAGGGAUCCAGCUUCAGAUACAGUGGCAGAACACAAAGGCAACUCUUACAGUGUGUUGGCUCUGGGGAGAACAAACAAGUACCAUUUGAGAGGUCCAUGUGUAAGCUUGCCCAUGAUUCUCGGCAAUGCAAGUCAUCCCCAGACUUGCUCACUGAUGUAUCCAAACAGCUUUAUGAGCAAGCCUAUCAAUGCCAACACCUUGAUGUAUCAAAGCAUGCCGCAAAUGUAUUUGCUGAAGGGCUUGACCGGUCCUGUCCCUUGUCAAGGCUGUCUGCCAAAUCAAGCAGGGUUGCAUCUUCAAAACCACGUUCCAUGUCCACAUCAGGGGCAGAGCGUCAUGGCAGAAGCUCUCAGAGGCCUGGCGCAAGGAGACACCAGUCCCCUAGCUCUCAGCACCUGGUUCUACUCUAUCCCAACAGUCCCCACCUGCAAUUCCAUCAAGUUCUACCAGCUUUCCCUUUGGCAACUUACCCUUUCUUGCUACAGGACCCCACAUCAUCUUCCUUAGACCGCCUCACACAAGCUCAUCAAAGUUUUAAGCCCAUGAAAUGUUUGCCAGGGCAAACUGGACACUCCAUUUCACCUGCUUCCUCUUUGUCUCCACCACGACGGCAGCAUCAUCUAGAAAGGCUUCACCUCUCUGGGAUUGGAUUGGCUGAAUCUAGACUGUGCCCCCAGUCAGGAGGACCACUGGGGGUGGGGUUAAAUAGAAGGCACCAUGUAGGAAGAAUAGAAGCAGGACACUACAGUGAUGACUCUUCCUUUCAGAGCCCAUUACCUUGUCGAGCCUCAAGCCAACCAGAUAUGAAGUAUCAGAGACCUGCACUAACUUCUUCAGCCACGGCUUAUGCUUCAGAAUAUCGGCCUCUGGGGUAUUAUCCCCACCUGUCACAACACAGGGUUCCAACUAGGCCAACCUACCUUCCACUAAGCCCCACCCCUUUACCAGAAAGACCCACAUCUUUAUGUGUGCUUGGCACAAGCAGUUACAGUGACUCCGACUCUGAACUCUUUUAUCCAUGUUACUGUCCUGCUGUAGGAAAAGUUGUACAUUCUGGUCCAUUAGCACGCAUGCGUUUUUCAUCUGGAAGCCUACAAUUAGAUGAAGAAGAGGGUGAAGAUGAGGAAGAAGAUGAGUGCACUCAGAGUGAUGGGGAAAAUACUGCUCUUACUGCCAUCAAGGUAAUGAAGCUGUAGUAUGACUCUUGGUAAGGUGUCCGAAACACAAUAAAA